CAUCCCUGCAGCAGACUAUAAACAAAAUUAUUGGUUUACGAUGAUUUUUCUCCGUACAUACAUACAUAUACAUACAUACGUAUAUUUAUAUGUGCUAACACACAUUCAUAUGUACAUAUGCAUUUUUGCAUAGAAUUUAAUUGAAUAUAAGCAGAAUCGAAAUAGAAAAAUGUCAAAAGUUUAUUUGAUACCCGUUGCGGUAUUUCUAAUUUUUCAAGUUACUUUUAUUGGAACUUAUAUAGCGGCAGUUUUACAAGGUCAUGUUGUACCUACAGUACCUUACAUUAGUGACGCAGCCACCUAUUCUCCGGAAAGUUGUGUUUUUGGUCAACUGAUUAAUAUCGGCAGUGCAUUGUUGGGAAUAACCAUUUAUAUACGCUACCGUCAAAUUCUACAAUUAUUUGAACAUCAUUCCGAUUUGGGUAACAAUUUGUUACGCUACAAUCGUUUGGCAGUGUGGUUUGGUUUGGCGUCAUGUCUAGGCAUUAGCGUCGUGGGUAAUUUCCAAGAGACAAAUGUUCGUAUCGUUCACUUUAUAGGGGCGUUUUGUUGUUUUGGAUUUGGUACCCUUUACUUUUGGAUGCAAGCAUUAAUAUCGUACAUGGUAUAUCCCAUUGCGGGUACAAAGAGAUAUGCUCAUAUACGCUUAGGCAUGGCGGUGUGCUGCACUAUAUUGUUCAUCUUAUUGGCCGUGACUGGAGUCAUGUCUCAUAUACUAUUUAAAGGCUUAAAUCCCCGAAAAUGGUAUCCAUCUGAUGGUGGUUGGUACUUCCACGUUAUUAGUUCCGUCUCGGAAUGGAUAAUUGCGACUGUAUUCUCCUUUUAUAUACUUACAUUUACGGAUGAAUUCCGUGAUGUUGACAUCGACCACCCUCAGUUACGUUUAAUUUCUUAUUCUUUAACUUUACAAUAAUAAUUGCAACGAAUUUUAAUAAUUAUUUUUGUUUAUUUUAUACCAUGAUAAAAAUAUGAUAUUUUUAUCAUGUUUUAUACAUAUAAUAUAUAAUAAAUAUUAUUUAUAAAUUAUGAA